GCCGACAGCUGGUGGUGUCAACGUAGAGAGAAAGUCUGAAUCAUCCUAACUAAACUGAACCAGCACUAGUAACUAGUAGUAUAUGUAAUUUAAUUUAUACCUAAUGGGGGAUUAUAGCUUCGGCGUCUCAUCCAGUGUAAGAACGUUGUCUCCUGUGGAAUUCCAGACAAAUUCUAACAGCACUUCACUGUUUUUUCCUGCUGAAACGAUUACAAAUACCAUGCAAGAUGAACUGCUGCUGGAAAAGACCACCGCUACCAAGCAGUCUCGAACGCAAACUCAGCAGUUGUCGACAAAUAACGAUGUUACAACAAAUGGUGAACAGAGUUUAGAUGAACUGAGAAAAACGAAAACCGAAGAAUCAGGAACUGUUGUAAAUGGACAGAGCGAGAAAAAAACGCCAGAAACAUCAACAGCUGGAAAUGGAACUGUAAGUUCACCCUUGCAACUGAACUUCUCAGAUCCCACUCCAGGCACGGCCAUCACAACAUCUUCACCUAACUUUUGGUCUUCUGUGGCGUCAGAUGACACAUUUAUACAAGGUAUUCCAGCAGUUAAUGGAACUUUGUCGUUUCAAAACUUUACUUCCACUCCUAAUGUAAAUCCUAUGUUCAGUGCAGGCCUUGGACCGCAGCUUAAUAUACCUCAGCAACAUCCUCCACAGAGAAGGGCUAUUAUUGGUGCUCAUAACUUUGGACAGCCAAGGCAUCAACCACAGCCACAGGCAAAUUUAUUUAAAACAUAUUCUAACUGGAAUAAUCCCUCACAGACUACUUGGUCUGCACCUCAGACUCAAAAUACUUUGUCUCCAUGGAAUACCAUGAAAUUGGCUACGCAGAAACGAUCUGUGCCAAAUUUAAGUCCAAUUUCCCCACUGAAGAAAAAUCCACCUUCUGUUGGGCCUCACUCGAUGGUGAUAUCACCGUCCAAAUUCCGCAGAAGUACAUCAUUGCCACUUGGAAAACCAUUCCCAAAUAAUAUUGGAGGAAAUCAAUGUUUUGAAAUGACAGGUGAAGAUGGAAGAGAUGGAAACAUAAGAUUACCAUUUCAGGAUCGGCAGCUGGGUGGAAACCUGAACACUAGUCCUCUGGACACUUUGAGAUUUCCUCUAGAACAACAACUUUUAGACAUCAUGAGGACGGUUGACAACCACGACUACAAAGGUUAUUACAACCCCAAUACACUGCAAUCCUUCUCUCAAGUUCCCG